CCACCCACCCUUUUAACCAUCUCCCUUUCCUCCUCCAAAAAGAUAAAGAAACCGCAAGAAAAAUAAAAUAAAAAUUAAAAAAGAAAAGAAAAUACCCUUUUCCCUUUUUUUGCUUUUAUCCCGCGCAACUUCUUUUCACUCUUCUUUCCCAAUCAAAUUCCCCUAAUUACUCCCUUCUUUCACUGAUUAUUCUAUGUUCUUUCCUUUUAAUUAACCCUAGCAAUCCCAAUCGGCUGACCCGACCCGACCCUGCUUCCUUCAUGAACGAUAAAACUGGUGGCGCUGCCGGUGGUACUGCUGAGUCCUCGAGACUGGUUGCGCCCAAGGUCAUGAAGUCCGGUGACCGUCAAGUUUUCACCGUUGAACUCCGGCCAGGUGAGACCACGUAUGUUUCGUGGAGGAAGCUUGUUAAAGACGCCAACCGGGCCAAUGGGUCUUCUGCCGCUGCAUCUGUCUUGACUGCGCCAGCUCCUGAGCCGCCUCCUAAUGCCCACCCUAAUCUCCAGUCUCGCAUCGCCCCAGGACAAGCUGCUGAAAAAGAAGCCAAAGAUGAAGCACCAGGUCCAAAUCGUUUCAGUGCUGUUAUUGAGAAGAUUGAACGUCUUUACAUGGGUAGAGAUAGCAGUGAUGAGGAAGAAUUGGAUGAAACUCCGGAUGAUGAUCAGUAUGAUACAGAAGAUUCUUUUAUUGAUGAUGCAGAGCUGGAUGAGUAUUUUGAAGUUGAUAAUUCAGCCAUAAAACAUGAUGGAUUCUUUGUUAACAGGGGAAUGUUGGAAAGAGUCUUGAAGACAAACAAAAGGGGAUCCACAGUUAUAAAUGAACCUCCUGCGAUACCUAACCAGCAGCCAAAAAAAAGGCGAAGAAAAGAUACUUCAAAACCUCCUAGUGAGAGUGAUGAUGGCCAUGUGUCAAAUAAACAUGUAAAGACAGUAAAGGUGACUGCUGGGAGGGUUGAACCAUCUCAUGGGAAGAAUAAUUCUAAUUCUGCUCAGAAUUUGACUACAUUAAGUGAACAACAUGGAGAUGUAAAAGCUCAGAACCAAUUAUCAGUUUCUGGUGUUCCUUCCAAGAAGAAAUCUUCUGAGACAAGAGUAGCAUUGGAUUCUUCUGCAUUUUUGAAAGUUCCGAAUGGGGAUACUUCUGUACCCUUGGCAGAUGUGAAGGAUACUGAAAAGUCAAAGAUGGGAUUUGUGCAGUCAAAAAAUGUUGUCAGUAAUAAAUUGAAAGAUGCAACUGGUUCCUCUGAUGUUUUGCAGCAGAAAUACCAUGAUAAGAAUGCUUAUGCACAAUCCAAAUCCCAACAUGGAAAACGAAUUAGCAAUGCUGAUGAGCUUGAACAAUCAUUUCGACCAAGAGAGAAAAAUGGCAUCCGUGAACUGCCAGAUGCUAAUAUUUCUGAUGGCAAACAUGCUAUGCAGACUGCAAAAUCUUCUCACAUGUCAAAAAAGGAUGGUUCUACACUUAGGCCCAAAAGUUCCAUUCUUGAAAAGGCCAUUAGGGAGCUAGAGAAGUUGGUUGCAGAAUCAAGGCCACCUGCUGUUGAAAAUCAAGAAGCUGAUGCUUCAUCUCAGGGUAUUAAGAGGAGAUUGCCUAGAGAAAUAAAGGUCAAGCUUGCUAAAGUUGCUAGAUUAGCGGCGCAGGCCAGCCAGGGGAAAGUUUCUAAGGAGUUACUAAAUCGCCUCAUGAGCAUCCUUGGUCAUUUAAUACAACUAAGAACACUUAAGAGGAACCUCAAAGUCAUGAUUAGUAUGGGUGUCUCGGCAAAGCAAGAAAAAGAUGCUAGAUUUCAACAGAUAAAAAAGGAAGUCAUUGAGAUGAUAAAGACAAGAAUUCCUUCUUUUGAGACAAAGAUAUUAGAGCCUCCACCUGGAGCUUCUGAUGAUUUUCAAGAAACUGGUUCUGAAGAAAGAGUUAAUAGACGGAAAUUUGGCAUGGAUGCAACAUUGGAGAACAAGAUUUGUGACCUUUAUGACCUCUAUGUUGAUGGAUUGGAUGAAGAUGCAGGUCCUCAAAUUCGAAAGCUUUAUGUGGAGCUUGCACAGCUGUGGCCAAAUGGUAUGAUGGACAACCAUGAGAUCAAACGUGCAAUUUGUAGGGAAAAGGAAAGACGAAAAGCAAGGUACAAUAGAUGUAAGGAACAAGAGAAAGUCAAGAGGAAAAAAAUAGGGGCACUGGGAUUGGAGGAGAGUGUUCGAGUGGAGUCUGCAUUGAGUGCUCAGCCACAGCAUACUCGAGAGAGGUUGGCUACUGAUUCUGCUAGUCAGGUUUUACCUUCAACUAAUAAAUUAACAUCAAGCACAACAGCCGCUGCUGUCCAAAUUCCCGGUCCCUCUACAAAUGGUUCCAGUUUGGACAGGGUAAAACAGGAGAAAUUAAAGGGCAUUUCAAGCAAUGCCAUGGAGGAAAUAAAAGUGGCAGAUAGCUCGCUUCCAAAGAAAAAGGUAAAAAGGAAGCCUGAAACGGAGUUGGAUGCUGCUCAUUUCUGUCCAGAGAAGUCAUCUUUGCAGCCAGGUGACGACAGGCACAAGUCCACGAAGCAGCCUGUGAAUGUUACCCCGAAAUCAAGCCUUCUGCCGACUACUACAAGUUUCGAACAGUCAAGCUGACAUCAUGUCUAUUUUGGGCUACAAAAUUAUCAUGUCCAUGUCAGGGUCUGAAGUUUGAAGCAGUGAAAGCUAACAUCAUGUCAUCCAUUUAGUGUAGAAAAAUGGGAGUGAUAUUUUCAUCUUUUGUCCGAUCUGACCUACUGAGUACCAUUUUUGUAGUUAAAAAGCUCUUUGUGUUGCAGUUGCAGAGUGAAGAGCUGUAAGUAGGAGACGGCAAAAAAAAGAAGGGUAGUGAUGCUAAUGUAUUUGUAGCAACUCUUUUUGCCUUUAGAUCUUUCCCAAACCAGUAGUGCUUCUCAUUUCUUUCCCCACUUAGUUAGUUUUAUUGUUUUUCAUUUAUUAUUGGUUAAAUGGUAUAAAAGAUCAUUAAACAGUAGCAAAGAUUAAAUUAA